UGGAUUAAAGUAAAUACUGCGCCAGUGUGUUUUGGUGCGAGAGGUGACCAGUUUGGUAAGUUCUUUGUUCCAUCCAGUGGCAAACUAGCCUCAGUGAAAUUGGUCCACGUCUAUGGUUAUGUGACGUGUGAUAAGAACAUAGCUUACCAUUAGUCUUAUUGGGGAUGCGGGAAGCACUCUAGUUUGACAAAUCAUGUAGACGCUAGAGUAACAACCUCGGACGGUCAAGUUCUUUUGCCUUCAAGCCAGUUCAUCACUGACGUGACACGCAAGUGGUCGUUGAUUCCUGGUUACAACUCGCUUUCUCCAGAGCUGGUGCUGUCUGCUUUCUCCAACUCUCCAAACGUUACUGGAGGACAGGAGCUACGUCUGUGGUAUGGAGAAGAUCUGGCAAAUAGCAGUGAGGCGGACAAUGGAGGAAAG